GUAUAAUUCACAAAUUGGGUAUUUUGGAAUUUGCGAGUAAUUGAAGUUGUGAAUCUCGGUGAGCAUAGUUGCUGCUGAUUUUUCGAACAAGGAUGCUGGAUAAGUAGUUUUAAGUAAGCAAAAUCAUGUUUUUCAACCUGCGCCCGCGGCGGGAGACGAGCCGCGGAGGCCCGUCCCGGCGGGAGAAUCAGAGAUUUGCUCGCGAGGAAGCAUUUGUUAUCGACGAUGAAGUAUCUCACCUCACUAGGCUCAGAUCAGAACCGAGUGAGAAUUACCGGAGAGCCAUGCGCGCCGGUCGCAAGAUGCCGAUCUCAACCUUUAAGAUGCUGUCGGGGAGGGAAGAUAAUUGCUCCCGGACCGGGAGAUUCUCUUUAGCUGAUCGCGCAUAUAUUCUCGGCCAAUACUUGCCCGUCAACGGCCCGCGUUGCGUGGACGAUAUGGAUAGUGAAGCUUAUGUUUCACAGUUCUCUGCCGAUGGCUCACUAUUCGUCGCAGGUUUUCGGGGCAGCCGCAUCAAAAUAUACGAUGUGGAGAGCGGAUGGGAAGUGCUGAAAGAUGUUAGCGCCCGGAGUUUGCGAUGGACGAUCACUGACACUUCUCUCUCGCCCGAUCAGCGAUUCCUUGUUUACAGCAGUUUGUCGCCUAUUGUUCACAUAGUGAAUGUGCGGGGUGGUGCGACAGAUUCUCGCGCUAAUGUUACCGAGAUUCACGAGGCUUUGGACUUCUCCGACCCAGCUGACGAUGAAAGCUCCAUUGGAAUAUUUUCUGUACAGUUUUCGACCGAUGGACGAGAGCUUGUUGCUGGGAGCAACAAUGAUUCCAUAUAUGUCUACGAUCUCGUAGCAAAUAAACUGGCGCUGUGCUUUCCAGCUCACACUGCCGACAUCAAUGUAGUCACCUUCGCUGAUGAAACUGGACAUGUCUUAUAUUCUGGAAGCGAUGAUACGCUCUGUAAGGUUUGGGACAGACGAUGCUUUAGAGGAGAAAAACCAGCUGGGGUAUUGACAGGUCAUACAGACGGGAUCACAUUCAUCGACAGUCGCGGAGAUGGUCGCUAUUUCAUCUCCAACUGCAAGGAUCAGACCAUCAAACUUUGGGACAACAGGAAAAUGUCCUCCACCUGUAAAUAUGCAAUGCCGAAAAAAUACGAGUGGGAUUACAGAUGGAUGUCGUACCCGCCGGAAGCCAGAUACUAUAAACAUCCCCAUGAUCAGUCUCUGGCGACAUUUAGAGGCCACUCCGUCUUGAGCACGCUUGUUCGCUGCUAUUUCUCGCCCGCACAUUCCACGGGUCAGAAGUACAUCUACACAGGAUCCAGCGACAAGUGCGUCUACAUUUAUGAAGUGGUAACUGGAAAAGUAGUCGCGAAGCUAUUGUGGCACGAAUCGAUCAUAAGGGACUGCAGCUGGCAUCCGUACCAUCCGUCGCUCGUCAGCUCGUCGUGGGACGGCUGCGUCGCUCGAUGGGAAGCUUCGCGGACCGAUUCGGACCGGUAGACGUGGAUUCGUCGCAGCCGCACCCCCUCUGCUUCGACGAAUUCGGGGUUCUAAUUUACAAUUCUUAGUGUGACAUGCUGAAACAACUGUAAUGUUUAAUAAAAAGUUCUGUACAUAGAUUUUGAAAGGCAGAUAAUGGUGAAUUGUUGGUGGAUUGCAAUAAUGUUGUCCUCUUAGAGAAAUAUGUAUCGUAACAACUUUGGUAUAUGGUAAUUUAUAUAUUUAUAUA